UCGGACGUUGAGUCAGGUAGCUAAAAGUCAUUAAUUUUGUAGCUCCAUAUCCACAGCAUGGCUCCCGGGUGAUCUGCGGAGCUAGGCAAACCUGAGCAAAAUUUGUGAUUUAGGGUGUAAAAUUCAACGAUGGGGCGGAGCCGAAGUCACUGAGUGGACAGUGGGCACAUCAACGCGAGUAUUUAUCUCACUGAGUGCACCAGUCAAGUAUCAGUUACUGUGCGAUGGAUGGACAUUUUUGGACACUUUUCGCCAAGAUAAAAAGCACGGGGAGAGAAAAUCAGUCGAAUUAUUCACCUUUCAGAAGCUUACCCGAUCUGGAAGGAGUUUGAUUGGUUUGGCACAUGUAUACACACGGUAUCUGCCGCAUGUGAUACAAAGACAGCGCAGCACACAUGUUUGGCCAACGUGGCCGGCGGCGCAUUGGCCUUUGCAUACGGCGUAGGUGUUGGUGUCGAUAUAUUAACUACGUGGGUUAAUGCAUUUGUGCCCUACCUGCUGUGAGAGAAGUUUUGGUGUGAACUCUCUUUAGGCUCAUUCAAGUGAUACCUUUCAAAGAUAUAGUCAGGCAAUGGCAGAACAUGGUCAAGCAGAACAGAAGAAGCUGUUGGAUUUCCUCAGAAUUGUUGGAAAGCUCAAGCACCUGAAGCGGACUGGCUGGGUGCGGCGCCAAGUGACUGAGCCGGAGACCGUGGCCGGACACAUGUACCGCAUGUCCGUCAUGGCGCUGGUGGCGGCCGGCCGCGCCCAGGUGGACCAGGUACGCGCAGUCAAGAUGGCGUUGGUGCACGACCUGGCCGAGGCCCUGGUCGGCGACCUGACGCCCCACUGCGGCGUCUCCGCCGACGACAAGCACGCGCGCGAGCUCGCCGCGCUCGAGGGCAUAGUGGCGCAUGUCGACGAGGCGGCCGCGUGCGAGAUCAUGGCGCUCUUCCUCGAGUACGAGGCGCACGCGACGCGCGAGGCGUGCUUCGUCCACGACCUGGACAAGCUGGACAUGGUACUGCAGGCGGACGAGUACGAGGCGGCGCAGGGCUGCGACCUGCAGGAGUUCUUCGACUCUACAAGGGACGUGUUCCGCACGGAUGAUAUGCGCGCAUUGAACGCCGAGUUGCGCCGCCAGCGGGAGCAGCGGCGCGCCGGCGACGGUGGCGCGGCCGGGGAGCCGGCGGCCGCGCCGGGAACCGGCAGCGACUGAACGUCUGUGCGAUGAAGCACUGUUUGUAGCGAGGUUUUACGAAUGGGUGUUAUGACCUGGGAGGCGCGAAGGGACUUGAAUAACCUCGGUUGUUUACGUGACAAGUGUGCUGAAAAGGUCGACGCGUGGAGCGCUGCCAAGGCGUCUGAUUUUUGUGCUGCUUUGGCGAGGUAAGGCUGCCGAGGCGAUACGCAGCUCAUGUUCCUUGUUUCAACCGCACCAUUCACGCGUGCUUAACUGCCUGGAACGAAGUGUGUGCUUGAAGCGGUCAGUCCUGACUCAAUGGGGCGAUGCAUGACCUGCGGAAAGUAUGUUGAUGGGGCUUGAGCCGAUAGGUUGUUUCGCUCUCGUGCUAUCUGAUCUGGACGAGAUUCUUAUUUCCGUUGGCCAGUUGCACACGUCGGUGACGAAACGACAGUCAAGGUGGAUGUGCUGUACAUUUAUAGUUGCCUGGGCCCGACGUGCGCUCUGGAUGUCCGUCACCCUCAAUGUUGGUUC